AUGGGCUGCCAGGAAGUAUGUGCCUGGUGGAGUCAAGCGGACCUGGAUGUGAAUCCAGUUCUUCCACUUACUAAAGUUUAUCUUGCAUUCCGACACAGAUCCAUUUUCGAAACAGAGUUGUCAGUCACUGCUGACUUAGUGCCUACCUCAUCGUGGAACAUUUCAAGUGAGCUCGACAGAGAGUCUUACCUGGCCCUCGAUGAACCGAUGAAUAACAUCACCACGUCCCUGGGGCAGACGGCAGAACUGCACUGCAAAGUCUCUGGGAAUCCGCCUCCCACUAUCCGCUGGUUCAAAAAUGAUGCACCUGUGGUCCAGGAGCCCCGGAGGAUCUCCUUUCGGGCAACCAACUACGGCUCUCGGCUACGGAUUAGAAACCUCGACACCACAGACACGGGCUACUUCCAGUGCGUGGCGACGAAUGGCAAGAAGGUGGUUUCUACCACUGGAGUCUUGUUUGUCAAGUUCGGCCCCCCUCCCACUGCAAGUCCAGGGUCCUCAGAUGAGUACGAAGAAGAUGGAUUCUGUCAGCCGUACAGAGGGAUUGCGUGUGCAAGAUUUAUUGGCAACCGCACUGUCUAUAUGGAGUCUCUGCAUAUGCAAGGGGAAAUAGAAAAUCAGAUCACAGCUGCCUUCACCAUGAUCGGCACCUCCAGUCACUUGUCUGAUAAGUGUUCUCAGUUCGCCAUUCCUUCCCUGUGUCACUACGCCUUCCCGUACUGUGACGAAACCUCAUCUGUCCCAAAGCCCCGGGACUUGUGUCGCGAUGAAUGUGAAAUCCUGGAAAAUGUCCUGUGUCAGACAGAAUACAUUUUUGCGAGAUCAAAUCCCAUGAUUCUGAUGAGGCUGAAACUGCCGAACUGUGAAGAUCUCCCCCAGCCAGAGAGCCCCGAAGCUGCAAAUUGUAUCCGGAUUGGAAUUCCCAUGGCAGAUCCUAUAAAUAAAAAUCACAAGUGCUAUAACAGCACAGGUGUGGACUACCGGGGAACUGUCAGUGUGACCAAAUCAGGGCGCCAGUGCCAGCCGUGGAAUUCCCAGUACCCACACACACACACCUUCACCGCCCUCCGCUUCCCAGAGCUGAACGGAGGGCACUCCUACUGCCGCAACCCAGGGAAUCAGAAGGAAGCUCCCUGGUGCUUCACCUUGGAUGAAAACUAUAAGUCUGACCUGUGCGACAUCCCAGCAUGUGAUUCAAAGGAUUCCAAGGAGAAGAAUAAAAUGGAAAUCCUGUACAUACUGGUGCCUAGUGUUGCCAUCCCCCUGGCCAUUGCUUUGCUCUUCUUCUUCAUUUGUGUCUGCCGCAAUAACCAGAAGUCAUCGUCACCGCCUGUCCAGAGGCAGCCAAAACACGUCAGAGGUCAAAACGUGGAGAUGUCAAUGUUGAAUGCGUAUAAACCCAAGAGCAAGGCUAAAGAGCUGCCUCUUUCUGCUGUACGUUUUAUGGAAGAAUUGGGUGAAUGUGCCUUUGGAAAGAUCUAUAAGGGCCAUCUCUAUCUCCCAGGCAUGGACCAUGCUCAGUUAGUUGCUAUAAAGACCUUGAAAGACUAUAACAACCCCCAGCAAUGGACAGAAUUUCAACAGGAAGCCUCCCUGAUGGCCGAACUACACCACCCCAAUAUUGUCUGCCUUCUAGGGGCUGUCACUCAGGAACAACCUGUGUGUAUGCUUUUUGAGUAUAUGAAUCAGGGGGAUCUCCACGAGUUCCUCAUCAUGCGGUCCCCACAUUCAGAUGUUGGCUGUAGCAGCGAUGAAGAUGGGACUGUAAAAUCCAGCCUGGAUCAUGGAGAUUUUCUACACAUUGCAAUUCAGAUCGCAGCCGGCAUGGAAUACCUGUCUAGUCACUUCUUUGUCCAUAAGGACCUUGCAGCUCGCAAUAUUUUAAUCGGAGAGCAACUUCACGUAAAGAUUUCAGACCUUGGGCUUUCCAGAGAAAUAUACUCUGCUGAUUACUACAGGGUGCAGAGUAAGUCUUUGCUGCCUAUUCGCUGGAUGCCCCCUGAAGCCAUCAUGUAUGGCAAAUUCUCUUCUGAUUCAGAUAUCUGGUCUUUUGGGGUUGUCUUGUGGGAGAUAUUCAGUUUUGGACUCCAGCCAUAUUAUGGAUUUAGUAACCAGGAAGUGAUCGAGAUGGUGAGAAAACGACAGCUGUUACCAUGCUCCGAAGACUGCCCCCCAAGAAUGUACAGCCUCAUGACAGAGUGUUGGAAUGAGAUUCCUUCCAGGAGACCAAGAUUUAAAGAUAUUCACGUCCGGCUUCGGUCCUGGGAGGGACUCUCAAGUCAUACCAGCUCUACUACUCCUUCCGGCGGAAAUGCCACCACGCAGACAACCUCCCUUAGUGCCAGCCCAGUGAGUAAUCUCAGUAACCCCAGAUAUCCCAAUUACAUGUUCCCGAGCCAGGGUAUUACACCACAGGGCCAGAUUGCUGGUUUCAUCAGCCCACCAAUACCUCAGAACCAGCGAUUCAUCCCCAUCAAUGGAUACCCAAUACCUCCUGGAUAUGCAGCGUUUCCAGCUGCCCACUAUCAGCCAGCAGGUCCUCCCAGAGUGAUUCAGCACUGCCCACCUCCCAAGAGUCGGUCCCCGAGCAGUGCCAGUGGGUCGACUAGUACUGGUCAUGUGACCAGCCUACCUUCAUCAGGAUCAAAUCAGGAAGCAAAUAUUCCCUUACUACCACACAUGUCGAUUCCGAAUCAUCCCGGUGGAAUGGGUAUCACCGUUUUUGGCAACAAGUCUCAAAAACCCUACAAAAUAGACUCAAAGCAACCAUCUUUGCUAGGAGACUCCAACAUUCAUGGACACACCGAAUCUAUGAUUUCUGCAGAACUGUAAAAUGCACAACUUUUGUAAAUGUGGUAUACAGGAAAAACUAGAAAGUCGUAGAAAAGAUUUAUAUUCAAAUGUUUUUAUUAAAGUAAGGUUCUCAUUUAGCAGACAUUGCAACAAGUAUCUUCUGUGAAGUUUAACUGUGUCUUACCAACCAGGGCAAACACCAGCCAGAAAAAAAACAUUGUGGGAUUAACACUCCAUCAGGGUGUAGGCCAUGCCACUGGGAUUGGUACAUCUGGUUUCAAGUACUGAAAACUGCAAACCAGUGAAGAGGAAACGAACCUUAUGACUAAGUAUCAAACCAAAAAGGAAAGUCAAACGGUGCUUUGUGUAUUCACCUUUGGCUGCCAUGACUGUUCUCUCCCCAAAAUGUAUAUACCAUAGCAUUUGUCUACCUGCUGUCUUUUCUUCAGGACAGAUGUUCAGGAAUUAUGUUGAUUCAAUUUAGACUCUAUGCAUGUUUGUAUGGAAGUGAUGUUCAGAAUCAGUGAGGAAACUUUAGGCCAGAUUUAAAAUCCCAGUUGGAAACGAGCCAUACGUGUAAGUUUCCCUGAAGCCUUCUACACAGUGGGGCUUCUUUGGGAAGUGAAAAGUGUGCCUCUUUGUGAGUCUCCUCUGUUGAUCAUGAAGGCUUUUUCCACAGUGUGUUUACACAAGCCCUUGAAAUAACAUAGGGCAUCAGAUCAUAAGGCUAGAUGUGGAUGCUGAAAUUGACCGCCGGUUGAUAGUUCACUGUGUUGCAUGAGAAAUGAGGCACCAAAGGCAGCACAGUCAGGAAAAUGGCCCCUUGGCCUCGAUCAGCAUCCAUGGGAAAGGAACAAGGGUUCCCAUGGGGACAGCCUCACAGGAGCUUCCCUGGACCAAUAACACUGAAGAAUAGGGGUGUGGCUACAGACCAGCCCAUCCAUGCUUGCAUCCUCCUGCUUAUGCGCUGUCUAAGGUGUGGGGGUGCAUAUGAUCAGUGGACUCUGGGGAAGGAGGAAACCCUCUGACACCAGUAUUAGUUAAUUUAAAGUUUCUCUCACUUUUUUUUUUUUUUCUGAUCUGGAAAUGUUCACAGAUUUUAUUCUAGCACCAAGAGUUAUGACAAUGUAUUCAUAGUGUUAGUUGGAAUCCAAAGACUAUGAAUUCUAUUUGCAAAAUGUUACAGUAUUUUUAAAAAAACAAGUACUGAGUUCUCACUUCAAAGAUAACCAUGAACUGAAAUUUUUAAGCUGGUAACUAGAAGCAACGUGAUCAUUUUUGCCUUAGUUAGAGGAAGGAAGGUAUCAAAUGUGCAUCUCAUGCCUUACCUGCUAGCCAUCUUCUGCCAAGUUUAGAAUUCUUAUGGGUUUCAAGUUCUAUAUAGAAAGGAAUGUUAUGAUUGAUUUUUCUCUUGUUAAAAGAAUAACUCAUUUAUUCUAAGAGCAAUGUCUCGAAGUCUCAUUUUUUUUAUUUUACAGCUGAAGAGACUUAUAAAGAGACUUACAGGAUAUAAAGUAAUUCCUGGAAAUGAUAUUUGAUGAGGAGAAUGUAUGAGACUUAGAAGCACGUUGACAUUUCAAUUUUGUAAAACAAAAAAUUCAAUUAGGAUGAGAAAUCAAAGAAAUAUGUUUACCAAAAUGUGUUGCAAUUUUUCCCAAACACUGAAUCUUCAGACAACAAACGUGGACUUAUAGGUACUGUGAACACAAAGAAUUGGCUAUAUUCAGAUUUAUUCAGAAAUAAAUUAAGACAUAUUUUUAUGGCAUAAAUAAGCUGAUUCAGAAGUUACAUUUCUUAACUUUAGGUAGAGGAGAAUAUUUGUAUCCUUUUGUUGCUAUGCAACUGUUUAAUGAUGAAGAUUCAAACCACAGUUUUGUAUAUCAUACGACAAUCAAUUGUUUUCCAAGAAUAUUUAUUAUUUUAAGUAAACACAAUUUCAGUGAACCUGAGUUUUUCUAGGAGUCCCUUAAAGGGAAAGUAGCAUUCCAUGAGCCAGUAAGAUAUCUACUCUGGAAAAACAUUACUAUGGGUAAAAAAUAAAUUCAAAUUAGUUUUUUAUAAAGAACUGUAACAUUUAUUUUAAACAUUUUAUAAUUACUGAAGUCAUUAAGGUGAGCAAACUAAAUUUCAAAACCACUUGUAAUAAUGUAUUUUAUAAUAGCAUUGUGAUACUACAUAACACAGUCCCUUUUGUAUUAAAAUAGUAUUUUUUUCACAGACUGAAAAAUAUCUUUUGCUUUGUGGACAAUGUUUUGUAAGAUGACUUUAUUUUCAGAUCUUUUCUCCUUUUUGCACAAAACUAUGUUUAUGGUUUGUAUCACAGAAGUGAAAUAUAUCUCUGCAUUUUUAUAUCUGGUCUGUUUCCUUGUUUCCUUUGUUUGUUUUUAACUCGGUAUAGAUUUUCUUCAAAUAUAUAAUGGCAGUAUUCAGAUAUCUCGCCCUAUCAUAUCUUUCCUUAUUUUCACUGCAUGCAUUUAAUCACUGUAUUACUUAAUGUUUGAUUUGUUAUUAUGGGCAUUUCAAAUAGACAAGCAUGGAAUUGUAAUGACAAGAAGCUUAUUUUAUAUUGAGGAUAUAUGCAUUUGU